GCCAGCUGAGCAUGCUGGCACUAGUGCAAUCUGCAAUCUGCAACAACGCUGCUGCAACGUUGACCGGAGACAAUUUGUUCAGCACAGUUCAAGGGCGGAAGGCUGCGGAAGAAGGGUUCAAACCUAGUAGGCUCAGACAAUUAAAAGCUAAGAGCAUUUUAAUUUUUUCAGAGUACAGCUAGGGCCCCGGGUACGCUUGCUCCCUGCUUAGCCUGCCUUGCGUCAAAUCGGAGGCGACAAAGCGUUUUCCAAGAGCAGCAGCAUGGCGACACGUACUCAAUUUGAGAACAGUAGUGAGAUUGGUGUCUUUUCGAAGCUGACAAAUGCAUACUGUCUGACGGCCAUUGGUGGCUCGGAGAACUUUUACAGCACAUUUGAAGCAGAGCUGGCGGAUGUUAUACCUGUCGUCAAAGUGUCCAUUGCGGGCACUCGGGUGAUCGGUCGGAUGUGCGUAGGCAACAAGAACGGCUUGCUUCUACCAAACUCAACAACAGAUCAGGAGCUACUACACAUUCGGAAUUCUCUGCCCGAUUCGGUGGUGGUGCAGAGAGUGGACGAGAGGCUGUCGGCUUUGGGAAACUGCAUAUCCUGCAAUGAUUAUGUGGGAUUGAUCCAUACGGAUCUGGAUAGAGAAACGGAGGAGCUGGUGGCAGACGUGCUGGGGGUGGAGGUGUUCCGGCAAACGAUUGCCGGCAACAUCUUGGUCGGCAGCUACGCCGUCUUCUCGAAUAGAGGGGGACUGGUUCAUCCGCAGACAUCAGUCGAGGACUUAGACGAGCUGAGUUCCUUGUUACAAGUCCCCCUGGUCGCAGGCACGGUGAAUCGUGGAAGCGAGGUGGUUGGGGCGGGUCUUGUCGCAAACGACUGGACGGCGUUCACAGGCUUCGAUACAACAGCAACGGAGCUGUCGGUAAUAGAGAGCGUCUUCAAGCUACGAGACGCCCAACCUAGUGCCAUCGUUAAUGAGAUGAGGGCAUCUCUUAUCGACAGCAUGGCUUGAGCAUCCCGAAAUGUGUCGUCCUCUUAUACUGUUUGUAAAGAUUCUGAUGAUUUCAGCUUUGUCUGGUCAUGGCGCUUCAGACUGGUCUUUUUCUUAUCCAGCUUGUGUGAAAUGGAUGGCCAAUCUAGUGGCUUGGCAGGCCCCUUGAUAUUCGAGUUCCUAUGACGGCGG